UUUCCCAGAGACUAACAAAUCUCCUUCAUUUUACGACAUAGCUCAUCCAUACUGGUACAACACGGGAUAAGAAUGCUAAGAGACACAGCAUGAUGAUUUCCUCUUAAGUGGCAAAGGCUGUACAGUGUUUUGAGGAAUCCAAACGAACACCGUGAUGGAAUCCGAAUUUUCACUGCUGUCCUCCUCAAAGGGAGAGUUCAAGGCCGAAAAUUACAUACAGCCGCAUUACAAGGAAGCAUAUCGGUUAGCCAUUGACUGCCUUGUCAAAGAGGGAGAAGCUUCUUAUCGAAAUUUCAUCAAAGAGGAGGGCAUAUGCGGUUUCCUCUCUGAGGAAGAAAUCGGCCAGAUUACAGAGAGCGCUGUGCAGCCCCCCACCAGCAACCACUCAGAGGAAUUGGACUGUCCGCAGGAUGACACGUCCUCCACUGGCACGUACUGGCCCACUCACUCGGACACUGACCCGCCAAACCUGGAUUUAGGCUGGCCAGACGUCCCGCACAGAAGGCUCGAGACCAGCAUAGACCUGCUCUUCCACCCGCCGAAGCAAAACAGCCCCACUAUCAAGGAAGUGAUCCGCAAACAAAUACAGGAUGCCAGGCAGGUCAUAGCAAUCGCAAUGGAUAUUUUCACCGAUGUGGACAUCUUUAAAGAAGUGGUGGAUGCCUCAGUCAGAGGUGUUCCUGUCUACAUUCUCCUUGACCAUAAUCACUUCAAAAGCUUUCUCAAUAUGGUAGAAAAUCAAGAUAUCCAAAUCCAAAAACUCAGGUAUAUGAGGAUACGCACAGUGAAAGGCCAGGAAUAUUGUUGCAGAUCUGGGGUAAAGUUCCAUGGAGGAAUGGGGCAGAAAUUUUUUCUUGCUGACUGCCAAAAAGUGUUUUUUGGAUCAUAUAGCUUCAUGUGGUCCUACGAGAAGAUAAACCUCAGCAUGGUUCAGGUUAUAACAGGCCAAUUAGUGGAGACUUACGAUGAGGAAUUUCGGACGUUGUACGCUCGAUCAACAGUCCCAGCUCAGUUUCAGACUGCCAGCGUGAACCAGUGUGAGACGAAGCCCAAUGGAAAAAUGGAUAGUUAUCUGAUUCAUUCCAGCCAACCCUUUGAAAGGAAAGAUCAUUUAAGGCAUACACUUGAUGCUGUUUACCGGCAAGCCUGUGAAAGGAGAUCAGGAUUUUCGGCACUGAGAGAGGUUGAAGAAAGACCACUUGUCACACCACAUGCUCGAUUCCUUCAAGACACAUCAGAGUUUCACAAAAGACACAGCUAUGCAGGAGAGCGACAGGAGCCUGUGUAUCUGCCAAAAUUGCCCAAGUAUGGCACUAGUAAUUGGAACGUGGCAGCAGAGAGCAACCGUUAUGCCGGAUUCUCCAACGAUGUGGACAAGCAGUAUGAAAGUUACGUCAUCAACCCGAUGUUCAGAGGCUCAAACAUGCGCCAAUCUUACCACGGCCACGACAAACAAGUUCUCAACAUGAGGCAAAACCUGCCCAGUUUAGCAAGUACUUCCAAGUCUUUCCUUCGGACAUGGAGGAUAGAGUCUUACCUCAACAACAACAAUGAUCCACCUCACGGCGAGAACUACGAUUAUCUGGACCAAUUUGAGGAGAAUAAAAUGGCUUCUCCACAACACUCCCGCAUCAGGUCAUCGGUUGUUUUCACGUCCACCAUACCAGAACAACCAGAGACAAACAGCUACUCCAAUAAUUCAGCAUCCUCCAACCACGAUCCGGCACGAAUUCAGUCAAACGCUCAGAUGUAUUCUUCAACCCUGUGGAAUCAGACAGCACAGCACGAUGACUACAUGCUAAAGAGGCGCAGUUUACAGAUUUUAGAAAACUCAGGAAGUAGCACGACCCAUGGCUCCGGACAGGAUGCAAUAUAUGCAAGUUUAAACAGAGCCAAAAAUAGAUUUGUAAACAAGGAGCAUGACUACCAGCAAGAUGACCGAUACAAAAGGCACAGCGUGGCCGAUCCCAGGUGCAAUACAUAUAACAGCGACUUGAAUGAGCCCUCUAAUAACAUGUACGCAUCUUUACCUAGAAGACAGAAAAUCUGCAACAUGUCUGCAAAUGAGAAUCCCAGAAACGAAGCGUACACACCAAAUUUCAAAGAGGACCAGAGGUCCGUCUCACAUCAUGAUUUCAAAAAGGCAGAUGAGAGCACAUCUACCUCAGGAAACAUAUGGCAAGAGCCUCCCUCGAGAACUGUGUCAGCAACGCUUCUGGACACGGAGGACAGUCAGCCUUCAAAACCAAACAGCACAUCAUCGCAGCGCUUCUUGAAAAAGAGCACCAAGAAAAUAAAAUCCAUUCUAAACAUCCCACAAAAGGAAGACAGCUCACCGAAAGGAAAGAACUCAGAAAGUCUUAAAAUAGGAAGCAGCACUGAUACAAUUCUCUCAGAUUAUGAUGACACAGCACAAGGCAAGAAAUCCCAGGAUAGCACUGCCAAUUCCACCAAGUCCGUUGAGAGCAGCAGACUGAAGCGAGCUAAUGGGAAGAUCUCUGGAGCUGAGAAUCGCUCUCCUGGCCUGGCGGGAGAGGCAUCUGCGCCUCGGUUUAUCACCGAAGAGCUUCAUCCCUCUCACACCCCUGCAAGUGCAGAGACUUCCAAAACACAGGAACAAUCCACGGUCGUUUCUCAAAACGACAAGACAGACUCAACACUAACCAGAUCGGAUCUGUUGUCAAAGCAACAAGUAUCAGCAAACAGGCUAUAUAGCAGAUUUGAGCCACUUUGCUCAUUUGAAAGCAGGCGUCCCACCGCAGGCCAGCCUGCCUAUGUAUCUGCACAGAGUCACGUAAGCGAGAAAACAAGGAAUUCUGUCUUUUUAAGAAGACAGCCAAUGAAUGACCAUAGCACUUAUACAAACCAGCAGAUGCAGGGACAUGACAAUAGAAUUGGCCGUUUCAUUCAAAGGGUUGGAAAUUUAAUACACAAGAAUAAGUACUGAAACAAUUACUGAAAUGACGUUGAAGCGGAACCGUGCCAUUUCUGCACCACUAUAUUGACAAAAUGGAAUUGCAAAAAUUGCACAAAGCAUUUUUAAACAGGUCUCUUAAGCACUAUUUUCCACUUUUCAAUGGUCAGACUAACAGAUAGUCCUGCCCCUAACUAACGCUAAGGUUAUGUCAGACUGGCUGGCUUGGUCAUGCUUAAAUAGCUUGUUUAAACUGUCUCUGCAUAUUAAACUGGGAUAAAAGAAAGUAUUUUAAGAUCCUAAAAAUUACACAUUUUGGCUUUCAAAAUGUGCAACAAUAAUGUUUACUUGAAUGCAUUAUUGCUAAAGCCAGUGUUGAAGGUUUGCAAUAUAACUGGUGGAAAAUGCUGCAAGCACUGUUACACUGUUACUUUGUAGUAGAUUUAGUUUUAUUAAUAUUAUUUGUAAAUUUAAAAGUAAUGUUUUGAGUAGGGAUAAUGGGCAGAUUGGGUUAAUAAUUUCUGUCACUUGAGUAAAUGCUAUUUUGAAACCUUGCUAUUACCUGAGAACAAAACCUCUUAAAAAAUUUUUUGUCUGCUUACAAGGUGUACCAUAAACCAUCCAUACAACAAAAUUGCACUUCAGGCUGGACAAAAGCUUCCCAGAAAUAACCAAGAUGGUUGUUUUAAAGUUGACAUUGCUGGAAACAUGCAAGAUAAAUAAAUGUUAGUUUGUGGGUAAUUGGUGCUUAACUAUCUUUAAGGGUGACCAUACUGGCAUAUACUGCACUGGCUUAUCUAUCUAUAGGUCAUGACGUUGUGGGUGUCGUGAUUGACCCAAAACAGUUCUCUAUUAAAUAUGUGAAUUAAUGACUCUCAUUUCAAAAAGUGCACAUGUACAGUUCAGUAUACUGGACAAAUAUCAAACUGGUCAAAUAUCAAAAUGUUGUUCUCUUACUAAAUGGGACCUUUUUAUUAUUAUUAUUAUUAUUAUUAUUAUUAUUUAAAAAAAUGUUCACAAAAACAAUCAAUGUUGCUUGUAUCCCAACAGGGUACUUACCAAAUAAAUGAAUGGUCAUGAAACUGAUUGAUGUUGAAACUGUGUUAUAUGUGAGAAAGAGGCUGACAUGCUACAAGGAAAAAAAAUCCAUUUGACUACAGGAAGAUAAACAUUCAAUUUAUUCACUUGUUUGGGUUUACUAACAACAAGUUAGAUAACAGCUUAUAUCACAUAUAAAAUAUAAAACAGCUUUAAUCAAUGUGGUCAGUAUUCCUGGACUUUAUACUGACACCUACUGGUGAGGAUGCAGCAUCACGCAAAAGCAAAUGUCCUUAAAGGGGGUGUUAAGGAGAAUCGGCUGGUCACAGGAUCUCAACAUGAGGUGAUUCACCCCAAAAGCCAAACAGCUUUUAUUAGGCUACUGACAUGACUGGACUCAUCAUCUCAUGUGCACAUCAGUUUUAGCAUAUCUGUUAAAUUUACUAUUAAUUUCUUAAGAGGUAAAACAUUGUAAUGACAAAAGUGCACCUAUUCUGUUGUCCAUGGAUUACAGUCUUCUGUUGGCAUCAUAAUUAGGUCAAAUGGGAAAAAAAAAACUAAUUCAAUUUCUUCUUUGAGCAUACAGUGGUGAAACAGCUUUAGCAGGUUCUGCAUUAUUCAACAAACUCUCAUGCCAUGAGAUUUUAUUUUUAAAUGAGUUUCCAUUUUAAAAUUGGGUGAAUUUAAAUUUUAUUUGUUUAAAUUUCAUACGCUAUAUAAAUAAUUUAUUUGAAUUCUUAAGAAAUGUCAAAGUUUUUACAAACUCGGUGGCUCAGGAGGUAAAGUGUUGGGGUAUAGUUGUGGACUUGUAACCCGAAUGUCGUGGGUUCGAUUCUCAGGACCAGCAGGAAAUGUAGG